UCUAAGCCAUCCUAGGCGGGUAGCCUCGGGGCUCCGUGGCAGCGGUGUGUGGGCCUGCUCACAGGAAGAUCUCACCGUACCCAUGAGCAGUAAAAGUUGCUUCAAGUGUGGACGCUCUGGCCACUGGGCCCGGGAUUGUCCUAAGGGAGGAACCCGAGGGCUAACAGCAAGAGGUCGUACCAGAGGUCCCCAGUGCAGCUCCGCCAGCCAGUCCGAUGUUUGUUAUCGCUGUGGUGAAACUGGUCACUACGCCAAGGACUGUGAUCUUCUCCAGGACACCUGCUACAACUGCGGGAGAAGAGGCCACAUAGCUAAGGACUGUACCCAGGCUAAACGAGAGAGGGAGCAGUGUUGUUACAUCUGCAGCCAACCUGGUCAUCUGGCUCGCGACUGCGACCGACAGGAAGAACAGAAAUGCUACACUUGUGGUGAAUUUGGGCACAUCCAGAAAGACUGUACCCAAAUCAAGUGCUACAGAUGUGGUGAGAAUGGCCACAUGGCGGUGAACUGCAGCAAGACGAGUGAAGUUAGCUGCUACCGCUGUGGGGAGUCUGGACAUCUGGCCCGGGAAUGCCCCAUUGAGGCUACCGCUUAGUAACCUCCCUUAGACCCCUAACCUUUACUACAUAGUUACGCUGUUUCUAACAUUUCUUUGCUAAUCAAAAAACGUGAUAGAUGGAAGCUACUCCUAUACCAUUGUAAUUAUCAUCUUAAAACAGGAAAAGACUUGGGGAGGGAAACAUAUCAAAAAUUUUAUAAUCAAUAUACUAUUUGGUUGACAUGAGGAAAUUCAGAUAGGGCACAGCCAUUUUUGAAUAGGACACAACUAGUCCUUUGAGUACGGUUCGUUUUGACACACUAAAUUAGAAAUUGAUAGUGAAAAAUUACAGCAAGCUUGGAACAUCGUCUUUGAAUUUACUAACAGAUAAUAUAUAUGUGUGUAAGAUAGAGAUAGACUGCUUUGAAGCAAGAGACAACCGACUAAAAUAAGAAGAGAAACUACUUCCUUGGUGGUGGGGGCAAGAACAUUUUGAGGAAGUAACAUUUCUUCAGAGGCUUUUAGAGCAAAUAAAAGU